AUGGCAUCAAAAUUUUCUUCUUCUUCUUCAUUGCCGGAUCCUUCCCGGCGGCAGUAUGAUGUGUUUCUGAGUUUCCGAGGCGCAGACACACGCCAUUCCUUCACCUGCUACCUCCACUAUUUCCUUCGCCGGAGAGGUAUCGACGCUUUCUUCGAUGAGGAACUCCGGAAAGGCAACAAUCUCGUGGCACUCCUCGACAGGAUCGAGCAAUCGAAGAUCUCUAUCGUCGUGUUCUCGGAGAAUUACGCGGAUUCCGCCUGGUGCUUGGAGGAAAUCUCGAAGAUAAUCGAGUGCAGGGAAAGAUUCGGCCAGGUAGUGUUGCCGAUCUUCUACAAAGUUCGAAAAUCUGAUGUGGAGAAUCAAACGGGGGACUUCGGAGCACCGUUCGAGAAUGCCGAUGAGACUUUUCGGGGAUUUCAGCAGAGAGUUCCGGUGUGGAAUGAAGCUUUGAAAACUGCUUCCAAUAUCGCCGGCUAUGUUCUGCCGGAGAAUAGUCACGAGUGUGACUUUAUAGACAAAAUAGCCAAGGAAACUUUCAAGACGCUGAACAAGUUGUCUCCAUGUGAAAUCUUGGGUCUUCCUGGAGCUGAACUGCGUAUGCAGGAGCUGGAAGAAUUGUUGAAUCUUGAAAAGGAAAGCUCUGUGAGAGUUGUUGGCGUUCUUGGUAUGGCAGGUAUCGGCAAAACAACAAUUGCAGAUUGCAUAUAUAAACGAAACUACAGCCGAUUUGAUGGUUGCUGCUUUCUCGCAAACAUUAACAAUGAAGAGAGGCAGAGGCUCCUUCGAAAAUUACUGGAUGAAGAAAAUCUGGACGUUGGAGCUCCUGAAGGAGCACAUGAAGCUUUAAAAGGUCGUCUUCGGAACAAGAGACUGUUCAUUGUUCUUGAUGAUGUGACAAAUGAAGAUCAAAUAAGACUUCUUAUCGGACAGUGGGAACGAGAGUUGUAUCGAGAAGGAAGCCGGAUUGUGAUAACAACCAGAGACAAGAAACUACUGGAGAAGAUCGUUGAUGCAACGUAUGUGGUUCCGAGGUUAAACGAUAGGGAAGCACUGGAGCUUUUCCGCUUGAAUGCAUUUUCCAGUAACCUCUCCCCAACAGCAGAAUUCAUGGAACUAUCAAACAAGUUUGUUGAUUAUGCUAAAGGGCAUCCGUUAGCUCUGAAGCUGUUGGGUUCUGAUGUAUGCCAAAGAGACAAAUGUUACUGGAAGAGGAAAUUGGAGAUAUUGCAGAAAAGGCCAGACGGUAAGAUUCAGGAAGUGCUUAAAAUGAGUUAUAUGGACCUGUGUCCGGAGCAGAAGAGCAUAUUUCUUGAUCUUGCGUGUUUCUUCAGGUCAGAAAAAGCAGAUUUCGUUUCGAGGAUUCUGAACACUGACCAUAUCGAUGCCUCAACUCUAAUUGAUGAUCUUGUUGAUAAGUGUUUGGUAACCGUUUAUGACAAUCGGCUUGAGAUGCAUGACCUACUGCUUACAAUGGGGAAGGAAAUUGGUUAUGAAUCAUCAAUCAAAGAGGCAGGAAACCGGAGUCGAUUAUGGAACCAAGAAGAUAUAUGUCGUGUACUGAAGUAUAAAACGGGGUCUGCAGAAACUAGAGGCAUCUUCCUGGAUAUGUCAAAUGUAGAAAGCAUGAAGCUAAGUCCCGAUGUCUUCACAAAGAUGUGGAAUCUCAAGUUCCUCAAGUUCUACAAUUCUCAUUGUUCUCAAUGGUGUGAGAAUGACUGUAAAAUUAGAUUCCCGGGUGGUAUUGAUUGCUUUCCAGAUGAGCUUGUGUACCUCCAUUGGCAGGGCUACCCUUUAGAGUUCCUGCCAUCAAACUUCGACCCAAAGAAACUCGUUGAUCUUAAUCUGCGUCAUAGCCACCUUAAGGAACUUUGGGAAAACGAAAAGAAUACACCAGAAUUAAGGUGGGUUGAUCUUCAGUCAUUCAAAAGACUUGCUGAGCUUAUCAGGGUUGUUGGAGGCUCAAAAUCUUGA